GCUGUGUACAUGUUCUACGCACUGGCAAUCGUCUGCGAUGACUUCUUCGUCCCCUCGCUGGAAAAGAUCUGCGAACGCUUACAUCUCAGUGAAGAUGUGGCUGGGGCAACUUUCAUGGCAGCAGGAAGCUCUGCUCCCGAGCUCUUCACAUCUGUCAUAGGUGUUUUUAUCACAAAAGGAGACGUAGGCGUUGGAACCAUCGUGGGCUCAGCUGUAUUCAACAUCCUCUGUAUUAUUGGCGUUUGUGGGCUUUUUGCAGGACAGGUUGUUGCGUUGUCAUCGUGGAGUCUCCUGAGAGAUUCAGUCUACUACACGCUGUCUGUGGUUGCACUCAUCGUGUUUAUUUACGAUGAAAGAGUUUCCUGGUGGGAGUCCUUAGUGUUAGUGCUGAUGUACGUCAUCUACAUCUUUAUAAUGAAGUACAACUCAACCAUACAUCACUGCUUUGAGAGGAAGACAAAAAACUCUGCAAACAUGGUGAAUGGUUUAGCAAGUAACACGGAAAUGGAUGACAACAGCAACUGUGAUGCCACAGUGGUGUUACUAAAGAAAGGAAAUUUCCACCGUAAAGCCUCAGUGAUCAUGGUUGAUGAGCUGCUCUCUGCCUAUCCACACCAGCUUUCAUUUUCCGAGGCUGGGCUCCGGAUCAUGAUAACCAGCCAUUUCCCUCCCAAAACACGUCUCUCCAUGGCCAGCCGCAUGUUAAUCAAUGAGAGACAGAGGCUGAUCAACAGCAGGACUUACACCAACGGUGAGUCAGAAGUAGCAAUCAAAAUACCCAUCAAGCACGUGGUGGAGAACGGAACGGGUCCCAGCAACUCUGCGGAGCGCGGCGCAAAUGGCACACGGCGGGACGAGGACGUGGCCGAGGCCGACAACGAGAAUGAGGAUAAUGAGAACAACGAGAACGAUGAGGAGGAGGAGGAAGAUGAUGAUGAUGAUGACGAUGACCAUGAAGGGCCAUACACACCUUUUGACCUUCCCACUGGCAAGAUAGAAAUGUUGAAGUGGGUCUUCACAUGGCCCUUGAGUUUUGUCCUGUACUUCACAGUGCCCAACUGUAACAAACCCCACUUGGAAAAAUGGUUCAUGGUCACCUUUGCUUCUUCUACCCUGUGGAUUGCAGCUUUUUCUUACAUGAUGGUGUGGAUGGUGACAAUCAUCGGGUACACACUUGGAAUUCCAGAUGUGAUCAUGGGCAUCACUUUCUUGGCAGCAGGAACCAGCGUGCCAGACUGCAUGGCAAGCCUUAUUGUGGCCAGGCAAGGUAUGGGGGAUAUGGCUGUGUCCAACUCCAUCGGGAGCAAUGUUUUUGAUAUUUUAAUUGGCCUAGGCCUACCAUGGGCUUUGCAGACCCUAGCAGUGAAUUAUGGAUCAUACAUUCGGUUAAACAGCAGAGGACUUAUCUAUUCUGUUGGUCUCCUGCUGGCAUCAGUUUUUGUCACAGUUUUUGGUGUCCACAUGAACAAAUGGAAACUGGAUAAGAAGCUAGGGUGUGUGUGCCUUUCCCUUUACGGCAUCUUCCUGUGUUUCUCCAUCAUGACAGAAUUCAAUGUUUUCACUUUUGUGAACUUGCCAAUGUGCAGAGAUCACUAACGCAGGUGGCAGACUGUCGGGAGGAGCUUCCUCUUUACCUGUGCAAUACAAGCCACGGCUGGCAUCUCCUGGAUGCAGUGCACCUCCGAGUUGUGACCUAUAUCCUGUUCACUGUUCAUAGGACCCGUGGCCCCGCCUAGGUUUGCCCUCUCCCUGGCCCCCACAACCUGGAACAAUCCUUCAUCGAUGUGAAGAGUGUUUUUCAGCAUCCCUGCGAUUUCCUAGCUCAGUUUUUGAACAGUGUGACUGGGACUCAAGAGGAACUGGCUGCUAAGUGGCGUUAAGCCAGUCAAAACUGGUCUGCUACAAUUCCUUCUUUUUUAAGUUAUUUGAUGGAAGACUAAUUAAUUUAUGACUUAAGACUAUUGCUACAGUGCAGAAGAGGGUACGUCGUAUGGAGGUUGACUUUCAAGGAGAAUCAUGGGAAAUUUUUUUUUGGUUGUGGGGGGUUUUUUGUUUGUUUUUAGCUUUUAGUUUUGGGUUUGCAGGGUUUUUUUUUGUUUGUUUGUUCGGGGGUGGGGCUGUUGUUUUGUUCGUUUUGGUUUGGUUUUUUUGUUUUUUUUCUUCACUUGCCAGAGACGAACAUUCUCUUUUGCAUCUUCUCCUUCUGAGUGCUGGGUCUCCUGUAACAAUCCAAAGGCCACAGGGCAGUGUAAAGUGGAAAUGCAAUUCAAGGUACUCAGCAUAAGAAUGGAUAAAAGAAGAUUGUCAAGGAAAAAAACUGAUGACUUUUUACUAUAAAUAGUUCACCUUGUACAGGUUUGCUAAAGAAUGCAAGCUAAAUGUGGAUUCGAAGGGGUAAACACUGCUACCAUUUUACUAUGAAUGUUGGAGUUUUAUUACUACAGUGUUUGAUAUUUCCAAGCAAUAGUUCGAUCGCCAGCCCAGGAGGGCUACCAAGGAGGUGUCCUGGUUUUUAAUGGUCUGCACAUGGAAUUGGAAGGUCAGAACUUUCUCUGCUUCAUCAGAUUUCUUGUUUUGGGGGGAUUCAGUAGUUCAUGUCUUAUUCGUUCUGAGAAGGACAUAAGUACAUGUGAAAACUACAGACACUGUUAAGUGUCUUUCACUUUACAGUGAAAGCUACAGACACUGGUUUCUUUAAGAGGAAAGAGGCAUAUUUUGCACAGACAUAGUUACUGAAGUCAUAAUUUGCCAUUCUUUAAAGAAUACACUGGACCUGGCGAGAUACUUGUCAUCUUAAGCAGUUGAACUUACCUGAUAACAGAUCGUGUGGGUUCAUCACUCCUCCUUUUGGGAGGGAGGAAGACACAGACAGAGAUGGCACAUUUUAAAAUGUGGAAUAUCUUCAAUGCAGACUCGCUCACAGAUCUUAAGUUAUUGUGAAAGUUUAGCUAUUCAUUGUUCCAAUUUCCUUGCUAGAUUUUGUAUAAUUCUGUAUUAAUAUGCAGGCAGAUUCCACCCGAGAUACACCAUCACUGCUUCAUUUGUAUGUAUUGAUACUGUGGGUUCUUGCCACUGUGGCUCUUGUAUUACUUUAAGCACUGAUCACUUCUGAUCCAUUUGGUAUAUUUUUUCCUCUUGUAUAUGUUCUGCUAUGAAAUGUAUUAAGAGACUACCACCUAGGUGAAUGUUUUUGUCUAUGGUACAAACAGUGGCAAAUAAUAGUAAUGGUACAGCAAACCCUAUGUAACGUAAAAAAAAGGAAAAAAAAAAAAAAAACGUGAAGCACCAAACCCUAAACUAUAGCAGGAAAAGAAGGAGCUCCAGUUUAAAAGAAAAAAGAAGAGCCACAUUCUGUUCACAGAUGAAAAGCCAAUUUUUAUUUCAUUUGCACUUUUGGAAUUGAUUUUUUCAAUCCGGUUUUCUUUGGGCAAAAUGUUGUAAAUGAAUAGAUUUACAGCCUGUGGUUUCCCUUCAGCUUAGCUGCUUUUCUUUGUUUGUUACACCAAACACUUGGAGGCACUGGCAGCUCUGGCACUGUGCAUGGCAGCGAAGUCCUGUGGAAGAAGCCACGUCCUGCUGGCCUCGCUCGGGGAACAACGUGUACCAGUGGAUCCCUGGCAAGAAGGAGGAAGGGUCCAGGGACAGGCAGUGUAGAGAGAGUGGAUGGCAUGCCUGCAUCGCCAGUUUUCAUCCUGGAAAGCAAUUGUGUUGCUGCUUGUUGAACUCUGCAGCUGAGGUUUGAGCAGCCUUCUGUGCCCACAGGACAUCCUCUUGCAUUAGGGAGCCCACAUUAG